GGGAGGCGGCCCGGCCUGGAGGAGUGGCCGGGGACAUGGAGGCGGGCUCGGCUGGUUCUGAACUCACAGGCCGGAGGCCGUAGCUGAAGCCCCGGGCUAGCAGUGUAGGCCUCAGACGGACACAGCAUGGCCCUGAGGGAGCUCAAAGUCUGUCUCCUGGGGGAUACUGGCGUUGGCAAGUCAAGCAUAGUUUGGCGAUUUGUAGAAGACAGCUUUGAUCCGAACAUUAAUCCGACCAUUGGGGCGUCUUUUAUGACAAAGACUGUACAAUAUCAGAACGAGCUUCACAAGUUUCUGAUCUGGGACACUGCGGGCCAGGAAAGGUUCCGUGCCCUGGCUCCUAUGUACUAUCGAGGAUCUACAGCUGCCAUUAUUGUUUACGACAUCACAAAAGAGGAAACAUUCAUGACAUUAAAGAACUGGGUGAAGGAGCUUCGGCAGCAUGGACCGCCCAACAUUGUGGUUGCAAUAGCAGGAAACAAGUGUGACUUAAAUGAUGUCAGGGAAGUCCUGGAGAAGGAUGCUAAGGACUAUUGUGACACCAUAAAUGCUGUGUUUGUGGAGACCAGUGCCAAGAACGCUAUAAAUAUUAAUGAACUAUUCAUAGAAAUCAGUCGGAGGAUACCUUCCGCUAACUCAAGCGCAACUUCUGGAAAGGGAUUUAAGCUUAGAAGGCAAUCGUCUGAGGCCGAGAGCAAGUGCUGUUGACCACAUGAAUACAAGUUUGUUUACAUAGCGCGAAUCCUGGCUUCCAUCUAAACUGCUUCAAGCUAAACAUUAAGAUAAAUCUGUGCGUAUUGAGUGCCCUCCUCUGAAUCCAUUAACCUGACUUCCACCUGCCUGAAUAGGCAGCACCAUCAGAAGGAAACCUAAAGUGUUUGCUUAAACACGGGCUGCCAAAUGCUGGACAAAAAGCACCCAUAGCCUCCUUGUGCCAUAACGGCUGCAUUAGCUGUAACGAUGCCAUUAGCGGUAAUAAUACAAUAGGCUGUAGUGGUUAUGGUGCUUGGAGCAUCCCUUUAAUAUAUCCUUUGAUCUUCUUACUAUUUUAGUCUCCAUGGAGAUAUCCGAGGAGCUGGUUUUGUUUGAUCCUGUGUCCAUGUUAGUUCUACAAAGCCAGAAGAUAUGUUUCAAGUCAGUUUAAGAUGAUGUAUUUUGGUGACAAACUGGGACUUAAUGCUGACACUGCUUAAAACCGCCACUAAUGAGUUCCAUAAAGCGCAAUACAAUGUAUUUUAUAGUAACUAGUAAUUCAGACUUGUUUUUUAAACAUCUAUAUAUUGGUGAAACGUCUUUAUAUCAGUGGGUCUUAACCCUCUUUGGCAGGAACCUAUGUUAUGUGUACGGCUUUAAUUCGGUGACCCAUUCAAUUGUAAUAUAAUAUAAAGGAAUCAUUUGUAUAAAGAAGCUUUCAUUGGACAUUUCCAGUGUUCUAGAAGUCUCUGUGAAUUGUGUUCUGGAGUGUGAUGAAUGUGAUAUGUGAGUUCCUGCCACUGAAAUAGGAGUCCUGACCCAGGGCUGAAAGGGACAUUUAUAGGCAUCCAGAUCACUUCAUCUCAUUGAAGUGAUCUGGGUGCAGUGUCCCUGUCCCCUAACCCUGCAAUGUAAAACAUUGCAGUAUUAUGACUGCCCCUAGUCACUGUUUCCAAGACGGGCACUAGAGGCGCUUCCUGCUGUUUCAUGGAGUUUGACUCCAUGAAAUGAUGCUGGCCAUCCUCACGCUUUGCUGGUAUCAGCAAAGGAGGAGCCCGACCCAGUGCCAAGAGACUUCGGUACUGGAAUCGGGUAAAUUAAAAAAAUAUAUAUAUAUAUUUUUUUUAUGUAUUUUUUUUUUUUGAACCCUUUACAUCGGUGGGAAGAGGCGGGGGGUUUCUAUAGUUUAUAACAUUAUAGAACACUAAAUAUUUAGCUCCCACUGUGUGCUGUAAAAAAACACUUUAAAUGACUUGCCUUUUAGCACCAGGCACCCAUAGGCGCUUCCCCAUAGGCAGGAACGGCAAAUCACCACGCUGUGCCAAUCAGAAUCUCCUCCUAGAGGAUGAAUGCCUCUUUAUGGGGAGCGUUCAGCAUCUCCAAGCAGAACAUAGGUCCCAUAAAGAUUGCAGGAUCUCAUCCAGAACGCCCCUUUAGUGGCUGUCUGAAUUAAUGAUUGAUUGUCCGAGAGACAGCCACUACAGGUGGACUUAGACUGCCUUGUGCCAGAAAGGUCAACCUGCAGGAACCGGUUAUACACCUCAGUCACUACAUUAAGCUGUAGUGGUUCUGGUGACAAAGAGUCCAAUUUAGGGUGAUUUAGCAUCUAAACUUCUAAGUCCCCUAAUAAUCCAAGUCACUUUGAAGCUACCCCAAACCUUCUCAAAUCCCAUAAGGAAACCCCAACCGUAAAUCCCCCUAAGAAACCACUCUUCCAUUUGUUUAUGUUAGUUUUUGUUUUGUGUUUCUAGCAUGGAAAUACAGUUUGGUGGGAGUUGUAAAAUGAAUCUGUCUGCAGUAAUGAGAUCCACUCGAAAAUAUCAGGUGUCCACUCAGCUCAGUUUGGUUGUUCACGAAUACAAAAAGAAAGCUUAACAACCAAAUGUAGUAGAAUUGCAAGGAAUGAAAUCAUCGCAAUUAGCAAAAGCUAAUUUGGCAUUUAAUAAAUAAACCUUUAAUUGCUGCAAGCAAUAGUUGUUAGAGCUUUAUAAUAGAGCACAUCGAUAGAUCUACCAUCCUCUCAUUCUAUUUGUUCUGGAUGAUAAUUCCACAUUACGAAACGGUUACAGCCCUUGAUGGGCGUUCAGUGUAUCUGUAUAUCUUUAAUGAAAUGUAAUAAUGCAUACAAAAAAAACAUGAAUCCAAUCCUCUUUAUGGAAGAGGGUGUGAUUUAGGGGUAAAGGGAAUAUUCACUAAGCAGUAACUUUAUGGUGAAUUGAAAGCCAACUAUUCUAAAUGUAGUAAGUGGGGGGAUUCUUCCUGCUCUGUUUGUCUUACAUUUAAGAAAUUCAGUUUUUCAUUCCCUGUUAAAGAAAGAAAGAAAAAAAACACACCCAGACCACAAAUCCAGAUUCUAGGACAUUACAAAGCAAAUGGCAAAAAUCAGGCCUUU